GCACCGUCCUCCUAUCUUUAGGGAGCUCGCGCUUCCUGUUGCCUGUUUCCGCACAGUAACGUCCGCACACAGUUUCUACCGCAGCCAUUGCAGCCUGCAGCGAGGGAGUGAAGACUUUAACGAACACCUCUGUUAAAGAGCCGCUUGUCUGCAGUCAAUACUGUGCGCAACAUCAUGUCGAUGCAGCAGUUACGAGGCGAGAGUGACUUUGAUCAGCUGCCUCAUAACAUCCCUAUCAGCGCUGCCAUUGCUGAUAUUGAGGAGAAGAAAGGCUUCAUUGACUACUUUGUGUUUGUGAUUGAGGUGAAGACUAAAGGGGGCAGCAAGUAUCUCAUCUACAGGAGGUAUAGAGAAUUUUUCAACCUACACCAGAUCCUCGAGUCCAAAUACUCUCCUGAAGGCACAGAGAAACCUGGUUCCAACACCUACAUCCUGCCUUCUAUUCCAGGAAAAGUCUUCAUUGGCAACAAGCAGGAGAUUGCAGAGAGCAGAAUCCCUGAACUCAACACCUACAUGAAGAGGUUGCUGAGUCUGCCAACAUGGUUGUUGCUCGACGAAGCUCUCAGGAUGUUUUUCUACCAGACGGACCAGGACAGCCAGCAUAAACCACGAGCCCUCAGGCGUCUCCGCCCACCCACCCGCAAAGUGAAGACAGUCAAACCAAAGAUGGACAUCUUCUCCUCCCCCAGGGCCGAGGUGAUGUUUGACUUUCGCGGCAACAACAAGACGGAGUUGAACCUGAAGAGGGGAGAGGUGAUCUUUCUGCUGCAACGAGUCAACGCAGACUGGCUGGAGGGCACAGUGAACAAUCAAACAGGUAUUUUCCCACAAUCUUUUGUGAAGAUCAUCAAGCCCCUCCCAGAGAGUGACCCAGAAGUUGAGGGUGAAGGCAACACCUACAGCUGUCUGCGCUGCUUCCUGCUCACCCCAUCUGGAGUCGACACCAGAGAUGUGUGUGUGCAAGAGGACCUCACUAUCCAGCCGACGUACAAGGAUCUACUGUCUCGUAUGAGGAACAUCUUCAAGAAGGACGACAUCGCCCUGAACUACCGCGACCCCGACGGCGACCUCAUCCGUAUCCUCGAUGAUGAGGACAUCCGGCUGAUGAUCAAGGAGAGCAGAGGUCAGCAGGACAAAGUCAAGAGACCUGUCAAUCAGUUUCCAUGGGAACUGUACGUGACUUUGGCCUCUGACCUUUCUGUUUAUAAAACUGAGGCCUGAGAGAGUUUAACUUAAGGGAAGUAGAAAAGAUAUUUAUCAGUGAACUUCACCAAGUAAAUAUUGUUUCUUUUA